ACAUGUGACUUUGAAAUAACAAUUCAGGUCUUUGGACACACUAUAUUUCAAACACUCAAUAGCUACAUGUGGCUGAUGUCUAUCCUGUUGGAUGAGGCAGAAAGAACAAAUAUUUCUGAAGACAGGGUCUCUCUUAAGUUAACCAGGCUGGCCUUGAUCAGUCUCAUCCUCACAAGUAGCAGGGAUUUCAGGCAUGCACCACCAAGCCCAGACAGAACAGUUUCAUCACUGAAAGUUUUGUUGAUCAGUGCUGAAACUGGGGGAACUUAAGGAUACUCUGACUGCUUAUCAUUCAUAUCAUAAGACUGGACAAUCAUUGCUCCUACUCAUAAGGGACUUAAUCUGGUUAGAAACUGAAGUAUCUCUACAGAUAAGAAAAGUUGCUCAUUUGGUAGUGGAUUGGAAAAUGUUCUGAAGCCAUGGUCCCUUGUGCAGAUGAUGUUUUCUCUUGAAUAGUUGGAGCUAAGGUUAGUUGCUAAUAAAAAGCUCCAGCUGUAUCUAAUGUAAUCUAACCCGUUUAUCAGUUUCCUAAUCCAGUUUCUAAGAAUUAUCACAAAACAGGAAUUUAGAUUAAUGUUUUGGCUCUCUUAAUUUCCCUAGCUGCUAUAAAAGGUUGAAAAUCCUGGCUUGGGAGUUAUGAAUGACUGGUUGAUCUUCAGCAUUGGUCUGAUUCCAGCCUGUCCUGUACUUCUUUGAUAUCACCUACUUAAUUAACUAGUUUUUGCCACCUCUGACUGACCCUCAGCUUGUCUUUAUCUCUUAAAAUGUGCUGAUAAGGAGCAAGCAUGACGGCUCUUGCCUAUGCCUCAGGAGGCUGAGGCAGGAGGAUGGAGAAGGCCAGCCUGGGCAAUUUAGCAAGAUGCUGUUUCAAAAUAUUUUUAGAAGGAUUGACUCCUCCUGGAUUCAAUCCCCAGUGUCCCCCCAAAAAAUGCUGAUAAGGAACUAGAUAUUCCUAUUUCUUUUGAAUUGAGGAACCGUGACUUGAUAUUCACUUAGAAUUUCUAUCCCUAAAGGGAAUAAGAGUUGUAUAUCUAUUGGUUGAUAUAUCUUGGUUACAGUGUAAAUAGCCUGUAUGUCUAUUGGUCAAUAUAGCUUGGUUACAGUGGUCUGAUUGGAGUUCCCCUUCACAAGUAUAAUCUUGUGUGCACUCCAGUGCUGAUGGAAUACACAGAUGGGCCCCAACUGAAGGAUGGUUUAACUUAGGAUUUCUUGAAUUCAAUGGUGUGAAAGUGAUAUGUGUUUGAAUUUUGAUCUUUUCCUGAACUAGCAAUAUGUCAUCUAGUACUCUCUCCCAGUGAAGGGCAGCCACUGCUAGCCACCCAGAACUCCCACUCAGCCAUGAGGGUGAGGAACCAAGACUUCACAUUGUGCUGUGUUGCUAAGCCAUGAUGGUAGUUUAGGUAUAACACGUGCAUUUUCCACUUAAGAUGUUUUCAACUUAUGACAAAUUUAUCAGGUCCAAGUUGAGGGACAUCUGUAUUUAGAAUGGGUAUGUUUACCUCCUAUGAUCUUAUUUGGGAUAGUUAGUUUAGAAGUCUUUUGGAUAUUUCAGUUUUGCCCCUUUACAGAGAGUUUCAUUUCCCUUAGGUAAAAUAAAAGUACCUUUCCUCCCUGCCCCAAGUCUCUGACACACCAAUAUUCUCAUCGCUUUCUGUGUGUAAAAAAAAAAAAAAAAAAUGCUGUUUCAGAGAAUAGCUGCGGUAGGGUGAAGCACACCCACAAGUACAUCCUGAGAUUUGCAAAAGUACGUGGCAUUACACUUCCCUUUUUGAAUUCUAGUAACCAAAAACUGAAUCCAGGACAGGAAACAAGUCUCUGUAUGUGGUUGUGUGUGUGUGUGUGUGUGUGUGUGUGUUUGUGUUGCUUGAUGGAAGGGAAGGAAGGCAGAGGACCACGGGUGCGUGGUGCCCAGUUUCACUUGAAGGUUGAUUAUAGUAACGACGCUAUUGUAUAGGAUACUGGUGCCAAACAGUAGGAAGUGUCACAGAUCUAGGAGAAAAGCAACCAAAGGAUAAACAAGGAGUAAGAGAUAAAGGAAGAAAAAUAGGAAGGAAAGCCUAGUCAUGCCUUUGGUGUUGGCACCUGCACUGUAUUUCCAGUAAGAAGUAUGUGCUGUGGCCUGAAGAUAAGCAGUGUCUCCAAAAGGUUAUUUACUCACACUGAAGAACAAUAGCCCUUUACUGUACAGGGAUUAUUAAUGAUCAGAGGGAAACAGCUUUAGGAAAAUCCAUUCUACCACAAAGCAAUAAAUUCACCAACAGGCAUCAGACUUCUUUUCCCCUCUCUGCAGACAAAGAAUGGCAUAGAUACAAGAGGCCUCUCGGUGUUCCUUCUUUAUUUCCUCUUACUCGGGUAAUUUGUACCUCUAACUCCUAGUGCUAAGUGUUUUAAUAAAAUAUCUCAUGACUAAUCCUUACAAUUCUUCAAAGACAGUGCUAUUGUAACCCUGUAGUACAUUUUAAGAAUCCGAGGCUCAGGAAGGCUAAUAAUUUGUCCAGUGCAGAGUAAAGUCAGGAUUCAAACCCACCUUUGUCUACCCAAAGCCCAUAAAUUCAUUUUUUGGACUUUAUGGUAAGAAAUGUGGAAAAUUUUUGAUGUCCAUAUCCAAGAUGGGUGUUCUUCACUCUGCUGCUCAGGAAAAGAAAGUCUGAUUGCUUUAGCAUCUUCCAGAGCAUUUCAAUUCCUAGAGGUUUUCCAAAUAACAAACACUUUAAAUUACAAUUCCCUGGGUUGGUUUUAACCUCUGAUCAUUGGUUGUAAUGGGCCUUAUUCCCCCAAAGUUUAGGAAAAAAAAAAAUCAGAACCCCAUUUUUCCCAAAUCUUUGGUUUUAAGCUUCCAGAAGCCUUAUAAAACAUUUUAGUCCAGUGGGCAAACCCUAACUGGCCUUAAAACAAGUGAUGAUUAUAUCAUAGCUGUGUAUUUUUUACAGCUAGAUGGAACUGAUAGGCCCUCCCCCUACCUCUAAAUAACACUGAGUUUUCAUUUCUUUGUCCUGACCCCACAGCAUAAAAGCGUAGUGAAUAAAACAGUUUCAGCCCUCUUCCCCUCACCCCCGCACAUACAUACACAGUAAAAGAAGAAAGGUAGGUCAAAUGAAAAGUCUAACAGAGUAGGCUGAACGUUAUCCUAGGGGCAAGCUGGAGAUGCCAGGGCAGCACAUAGUAGGGACAGUGACCCAUAAAAAGGCACCCCUGCCCCAAAGUAAUGGAAGCCAAAGCAUGAGAAGCAGCAGAUAGGCAAAGAAAUAAUAUUUCAGUCGUGUGGGAUGGGGCCUUCAUAUGGCAAGAAGAAAGGGCCCCUAGAUCUAAGCAGCCAGCCAGCAGGACAUGGGACGUGCCACCGGUGCAGUGAGUCAUAGGCCUGAUUUCAUUUGGGUGGAUUUCACAAUCUCCCCCAUGCCCCACCAAAAAUCAUGAGGUGCUUGAGAUAUUUCAACUAUGGUCAUUAAUUGUGCUGAGAAAAAAUAAAAAUUCCAUUCAGGGUCAGGUCUUUCUUCAAAGAAUGGAAAAAGGUCUUUCCCUUUAGCUCCUGGGGCUUGAGUGUCUUUUUCUGUCUCUUCUCUCGUUUGUACUGCAACACUUUUUUCUUCAGUGGAAGGCAAAGCCUCCUAAGAGUCCAGCAUUUGGAAUCUGGACAUUCCUGAAACCAGAGUCAUACUUCUAUAAAUUUCAUCUGGGGAAAGGGAAUUUUCAUCUCUGCUUUUAAACUCCUAAGUGUUCCUGCUGUAAUGGUCUUUCCAAAGAUGGAGGAAAUUGUUCCCAGAGGUGGGAAAAAAGGGUUAAGCAGAUGCGGCCUGUGGUACUUCUGUAAAACUGGAUUGGACAUACCUGCAUCUAGGUGUAUGCCUGACAGAAUAGGUUCCUGAGGCGUCCCCAGGCCCUGUCACUGUACUUACACCCUUAAUACCAAGUGGAAAAGUUAGUGGGUGUUUAGUUUUAUUUAUAGACUGAUCACUGCAUGUUAUGAGUUCCAUUACUGACUCCAGAAUAAAAGCAAGAAAAAGCUUGUGGUGAGACAGGGAACAAUCAUCCUGCUUUUGGGGCCCUUGAUCCUGACUCUCCUGUCAAUUGGUUAGGUGGCAUUAAGCCAGAUUCCUAUUUUACCAUCUAUAAGAGUGAUGAAAUCAUAAGUAGUAUGAUAUGCUUUGAUUGCAGCACAUCUUAAAAGACGUAAAGCACACCAUGUUGGUACACUUUGCUUAGUUUGAAUCCACCAACAUCUUCCUUUUCCUCUUGGACUACAAACUCUUCUGAGGCCAUCCCUGCCUUGGUGCUGGGUGUGUUGACCUGCGGCCUCCUCCCGGGACACUCUUGCUGCACUGCUGUUCACCUUUGAAGCUGUUUCUACCUCCAGGGCUUUGCUCCUGCUGUUCCCUCUUUCUGCCCUACCCUCUCCUUAAUUCUUUCCACUGUUAGGCUCUUCCACACCAUUCUGGACCCAAGUGAAAUAUCACUGACAACCCAAAAUAACUGAUUUCUGCUCAUUUGUAACAUUACUGUUUCAUUCAGAUCAUGUAUCACUGUCUGGAAUUCUUUGUCUUUCUUGUGUAUCAUCUGCUUCUGCCGCUACAACAUACGUUUAGGAGGACCUGAGUGCUUGCUCAUCAUUGUGCUCUCAGACCCACGUGUGUCUGGCAUGUUGUGGGCACCCCAUAAAUGCCGAGUAUAUGAACAGAUGGUAGGGAAGAGUAAAGCCGCAGGGUGGUAGCAGUGGAAUGAGCCCAUGCUGUGGUGUCUCUUCUGUGAUGUCAGCUCUCCUUGGAGUCCGGGGACAGGGUUGCCACAGGAAACGGAGAACAGAGCAUUCUAACAAGUGCACAGCCUCCUUGAGAGAUGCUGAUGUGCGCCAUAAUUAUUGAAGAAGGGCACUUAGAUGCAGAGGCAGACGCUAUAUGAGGAAUCUUAUAAAAGAUUGUAAUUCAUAUCAAGGAACAAAAUAAUUUGCUUUCUUUGCUCUUUGUAUAGGAAGGGAAUGGAACUGUUUGGUUCUCUUUGUUCCACUGGCUAAGCUCUUUCAAGCAACCAACACACAUCCCACAACAUUUAUUAAGAUGGAGCUGCCUAUGUAGUAAUCACUGCAUACUAAAAGCUUACACAGGUUCUGGCUUCAGAUGGGGUUUGAAACCUGGUCCUGAUUUACUACUAGCUUUGUGACCUUGGACAAGUUCCUUAAUCUCUCUGCUUCGGAUUCCUCCUUUGUAAAAUGAGGAUAAUAGGAGCACCUGCCUUAUAGAAUUGCUGUGAUGAUUAUGGGGUUAAUAUUUGUAAAGUACCUUGUGGAGUGUCUGUCUGGCACAUAGUAAAUGCAAAGCAACGUAGCUCUUAAUAUUAUCACUGUAAUGAGCAGUCCCUGCCCUCUGGGAGUUUGGAGACCCUGUGUUAUACACACAUAUGUGCGCACACACAAUGAUAUAACUAUAAAAGCAAUAGCUGGCUAUGAUAGAUGCAGGGAGAAAGGUGCUCUGGAAAAGCUGGAUAGUAAAUAGGUGUCUACUUGGUGAGGUGAGGCGGGUAGCAGAAAAGAGUCCUUCUAUGUGGAAGGCUGCAUCUCUCCCCUCCAAAAAAUAACAAAAAGUAUGCUAUAGCAGGUGCCUUAGAGCAUAGCUCCCAUGCUUCUGUUAUUCAGAAUUAUUACUGUUCAUUUUUUUUUGCUAUUUUCCUGUGUUUUAAACUAACAUAAAAAUUUUGAUAAUACAUUUCUUUUUUUGUUGUUGUUCUCAGUAGUUAUAUAUGACAGCAGAAAGCAUUUAAACUCAUUGUACAUAAAUGGAGCACAACUUCUCAUUUUUUCUGGCUAUACACCAUACAGAAUCACACAGUUUGUGCAAUCACAUAUAUACCUAGGGUAAUAAUGUCCAUCUCAUUCCACCAUCUUUCCCACCCCCCUAAACCCCUACUCUUCCUAGCUCUCCCCAUUAUGGAUCAGCAUUCUCAUAUUAGAGAAAACAUUUCUUUAGAGCAAGCUCUAUAUCACACAGAUUGGAAAUAAUGUGUUUAGUGGGCUAUUUUAAGAUUCAUUAAAAUAAUCACAACUAAUAGAUGUGUGUAUUAUUUGUUUAUUUUAAAUAUGUGUAGAUCUAGAAUCACCUCCCCAGACAGACUUCAGGGCACCUGCAUUAGGGGAAACUUCUCCCAACUAAGACCAGAGGCCAAAACACUAGCAACAGCACCUUCUCUACAUGUGGGCACUCCAUAGUGAACUACAUCUUGACACUCUUCAUACAUGAGGUGUGAUUUUAAGAAAAGAGACCAGCUUCCAAUUACAUUUACUUCUGGGCUCACCUCAUAUUUUCUAUCUUUUCUCAUUCUGGGAUUUAGGGAUUAAGGGGAUGAAAAGGAACAGAGUUUUAAGUGUCAAUCUCAAAAAUUAUAAAACUCAAACUGUAAAAAUUGUGUAAUAGACUUCAUGGCCAGUUGUGACUGCAGUUCAAGUGUUGUCCUCUAAACAACCAUAUUGCUGAAAGAACCCUCCCAGCAGACCCCAUUAUGCUCAGUUGACCUCUGACACCUAGGAAAAAAAGUGUGAGAAGAAAAAAAAUUGAUUUCAGGCCAUUAGAUCCAUGCAGAGAAAAUCUCCUUAUAAAAAAGUUACAGAUGAACUCUUUUCUAAGAACAAACUAGUUUUAGACAAAACUAAACCAAAAGCAAAAGAACUGCUUUUUGUUUUUUUUUAAUGUCUGACCAAUUCCAUGUCUAGAAUCACAGGUGUUGUGUAGCCAGAGAUAUUUUCACUUAUUCAGCAAACAUUUGUUGUAUACCAAUGAUGUCCUUUUCUAGAUACUAGAGUCCACUGGGGGAAACAGACAUUAACAAGCCAUUACUUGAGUGAUGAAUGCUAAAAAGAAGAAAUAUUAAGAGCCAUGGGGAGCUUCCGCAGAGAGCCCCCAAACUGUGGGUGGGGAAGGAGAUGACAAUGGCAACACGACAGGAAGUUCUUGGCCUCUACCGCCGGGUUUUCAGGCUUGCAAGGAAAUGGCAGGCGGCAUCAGGGCAGAUGGAAGACACCAUCAGAGAAAAACAGUACAUACUCAAUGAAGCAAGAACACUGUUCCAGAAAAACAAAAACCUCACAGACAGAGACCUGAUUAAACAGUGUAUAGAUGAAUGCACAGCCAGAAUUGAAAUUGGACUACAUUACCAGAUUCCUUACCCAAGGCCUAUUCAUCUGCCUCCAAUGGGCCUUACGCCACUACAAGGCCGGGGACUUCGAACCCAGGAGAAACUGAGGAAACUUUCCAAACCAGUGUAUCUCAAGUCCCAUGAUGAAGUUUCUUAACCAGAAGUCAGUUUAUUUCCAAGAAUGAUGAGCCAUCUCUGUCUUAAAUGGAAACCAGAAUACAGCACUCUUCACCUUGAUUAGGGACAAAAAAACAAGCUUCUUCUUAAGACCUCCACAACUAGUCCUCAUCCAUAGUAUGUGUCUACACAUCCCAAGGGUUUGUUUGGGUCUUGCUGCCUGAGCAGAUGGCAUUAACCCUAGAAGUCACUAAAGUCACCUUUGGAAACAGGUGGGAGGAAAGCUAAAGGUGAUGAAAUUUUUCAUGGGAAUGCUGUUUGCCACACAUCAGCUAAUGCAAAGCAUCAGUUGUUGGUAUAGAAGUUCUUUUGGCUAUUCAAAAACUAUAAACUCCUUCAAAAUAUUUUUUUAAAGGAGACUUAUUUUUUGUACUGGUAACUGGGAUGUUUUACCACUGAGCUACAUACCCAUGCACGGCACCCACCUUCCCGCAUCCUGUUUGAUUUUGAGACACGGCCUUACUAAGUUGCUGAGGCUGGCCUAAAAUUUAUGAUCCUACUGCAUCGGCCUCUUGAGUUACUGGGAUUAUAGGCAUGUGGCACUAUACCCAGCAAGCAAAAUGUUAUAGAUUUACAUAAAAGUGGUUGUUUCUGUGUGAGCUUGUUUAUAGUCUUGUGACCCUUUCAAUAUCCAGAUGAACUCCCUUUAAAAAGUUAAGAUUGAUCAUGGUGUUUCAAUAUGACCAUAGAAAUUUUAUGUGACACCUAUGCCCCCCCUCCCCAUACACAAAAGCUCAUGCCUUAGUUAAAUGUAUGUUUAUCUUUGUAUAUGUGUGUGUGUGUGUGUGUGUGUAUGUGUGCACUAUACAUGUGUGUGUACGUGUGGUAUGGUACUAGGGAUAAAACCCAGGGCAUUCUACCAUUGAGCCACAUCCCAGCCAUUUUUAUUUUUUGAGACAGGAUCUCCCUAAAUUGCAGAGGCUGGCCAUGAGCUUUGUGUUUUUCCUGCCUCCACCUCCUAAGCCGCUUUGAUUGUAGGCAUGUUUACCUUACCUUAGAGCCUUCUCUUAAAGCCAUGAUUACUUAAGAUGCAUUUGGAUCUGAAGAGCUUACUAGAAAUUCAUCCUGCAUUCAGGAUGAAUUUUUUGACUUUAACACAAUUGAAUAAUACAAAGUCUGAAAUAGCUUUCAAGUAUGUCCAAGCAUAAAUAAGACCAAUAGAAAGGAACACACAAAGGAUUUAUAUCUCUGUGUGGAGUCAGGUGAGAGUCCACAUUAAGACAUUUGUAUAUCACUAUCAUUCUCUGUUACCUCCAAAGAGAGUUGGAGUACCAAUAAAGACAAGUCUCUACC